UGCCUGGUAAUAUGUAAAGCUCCACCCCAAAUGAGGUUGCAAUCAUUCCCCCCUCCUUCCCUCUCUUUCUCUCUCUGACUCUGUCUUGCCUUUCUUUACAUUUCACUAUGCUCUCUGGAUCAGUACACCGGACCUGUUGGAGCUGAAGGGAUUAUUCAGGACACCACUUUAUGAAUACUACAUAAGGAACAGCACGGAUGAUGCGUUUUGCGCUUCAGCUAUUCAAUGAAAGAAGAGACGCGCAAAAGAAGAGAUGGGCACCGUUCCUGGACUUUCACCUACCCGGUCAUGGGGAAAAUGUUGUCAUUACGCCGUGUUGGUUGUACCUGUAGUGGCGGUUUUGGUGCAGCUUGGCGCUGCUUUUAACUUGGACACGGACAAACGCGUCGUUUUCACCGGACAGCGGGGAAGUUAUUUUGGGUAUUCAGUGGAGUUCUUCAGCAACUCAUCCAGUAUCAGUGUUUUGAUCGGCGCCCCGAAAGCCAACACCAGCCAGCCCGACAUCACUGAAGGAGGAGCCGUGUACUUGUGCCCCUGGACCCAAGCUAACUGCAGCAUGAUCAACUUUGACAAGCAAGGUGAUCGAUAUUUUUAUAUAAACGAUGUGAACACUCAGGUUGAGUUCAAGUCCCACCAGUGGUUUGGAGCUACUGUGCGUUCCCAUGGAAACAGCAUCCUGGCUUGUGCUCCCAGGUAUUACUGGAGGACUGAACAUGACGAACCCUUUGCAGAUGUCACAGGAACCUGCUACCUCUCUGUAGACAGUCUCAAAACCUUUGUGGAGUAUGCCCCGUGCCGAACAGAAAGACAUGGACCUGUUGGACAGGGCUUUUGUCAAGGGGGAUUCAGCGCAGACUUCACCAAGGAUGGGAAGGUUGUGCUUGGAGGACCAGGCAGCUUUUACUGGCAAGGCCAGCUGAUCUCAGCCACCACAGAGGAGAUUGUUAAGGCUUACUACCCGUCUUACUUUCUGCUGUCAGUCGCCGGGCAGAUUCAGACACGACAGGUGCAGGGGAACUACGAUGACAGUUACCUGGGUUACUCUGUGGCUGGUGGCGAGUUCAGUGGGGAUGAUGAGGAAGAUUUCAUCACAGGAGUUCCAAAAGGACUCAUGCUGUAUGGUGUAGUGUCCAUAUUAAAUGGAAGGGAUCUGAAGUCUCUGCUCAACUUGACAGGGGAGCAGAUGGGGUCCUACUUCGGCUACGCAGUGGCAGCCACCGACAUCAACAACGAUGGUUUGGAUGACCUGGUGGUGGGAGCUCCAAUGUUCAUGCGUCGAGGGUUCAAUGGGCGUCUGGAGGAGCUGGGUAAAGUGUACGUGUACCUCCAGAGAGGCCCUCUGCUGCUGGAGCCAAGCCAGUCCCAUCUCCUGGGUAAACAGGCCUUUAGCCGCUUCGGCACCUCGCUGGCUCCGCUGGGAGAUCUCAACCAGGAUGGAUUCAACGACAUGGCCAUUGGCUGUCCCUAUGGAGGAGAGGAGCAGCACGGAUUGGUUCUCAUUUAUAAUGGCUGUGCCGGAGGACUGAUGGAAACGCCCACUCAGACUCUCUCUGGCCAAUGGGCUUCCAGCUCUUUCCCAGCCAGUUUUGGCUUUUCCCUGCGAGGAAACAGGGAUCUGGAUCAAAACGGCUAUCCAGAUCUGAUUGUUGGUGCUUUUGGGAUUGAUAAAGCAGUGCUAUACAGGGCUCGGCCAAUAGUGAGCGCCAGUGCGUCUCUUACAGUGCAGCCGACCAUGCUCAACCACGAGGAGAAGACUUGUGAGCUGAUCACAGGGAAUGAAACCGUUGCUGUGUCUUGUGUCAGCAUUGGUUUCUGCCUGCUGACUAAUGGGAAGCACCUCCCCUCUCAUCUAGGCUUUGUGGUGGAGGUUCAGUUGGACAGUGUGAAGCAGAACCAGAAGGAGUCCAUCAGGAGGACUCUGUUCCUGGACAGCCAGCAGCCCAGUCUGCUGAAGACCAUCAGCCUCGCAAACGGAGAACGCCUGUGCCAUGACACCAAGAUCUAUCUGCGGGGUGAAGAGGAGUUUCGGGACAAACUCUCUCCUAUUUUCAUCAGCCUGAACUUCAGUCUGGAUGCUCAUGCCCCAGUGGACCAGCAUGGCCUCAGACCAAUCCUGAAUUAUGAGACAGAACAGCGUAUACAGCAGAAGGCCCAGAUUCAACUGGAUUGUGGAGAGGACAACAUCUGCGUCCCUGACCUCAAGCUGGCUGUUUAUGGUGACAGAGCAGAGGUUUACCUGGGAGACGAAAACUCCUUGAGCCUGACAUUCAAUGCCAGGAACGAGGGAGAGGGAGGGGCGUACGAGGCCGAGCUCUAUGUGGUGCUUCCCCCAGAGGCCGACUACAGCGGGAUAGCGCGCAACAAUGUGAGCUUGACUCAGCUGACAUGCAGCUAUGAGGCAGAAAACCAGACCCGCUACCUCGUGUGUGAUCUGGGAAACCCCAUGAAGUCUGGUACCAGUUUAUGGGCCGGCCUUCGGUUCACUGUGCCCAGACUGAAGGACACUCACAAUACUGUACAGUUUGAGCUCCAAAUACGAAGUAAAAAUGCAAAUAACUCGGAGAGUGAAGUGGUGCUGUUUGAGCUGGAGGUGGCUGCUGUGGCUGACGUCAUUCUGCAAGGUGUUUCUCGUCCAGACAAAGUCAUCUUUCCCCCGCCCAACUGGAAGGUUAGUCAGAGUCUGAGGGAGGAGCAGGACAUCGGCCCCGAGCUGCAGCAGGUCUAUGAGUUGGUGAAUAAUGGUCCCAGUGUGGUCAGCCUGUCCACUUUAGAGGUGAGGUGUCCUCUGAGGGCGCACGGCCAUGAGCUGCUCUACCCUGUGGAGGUGGUCACUGAGGGGCCGCUCAGCUGCUCCUCCAAACACACCUUCAAUGCACUGAAACUCAAGCUCCAGCCUGCAGCAGCACAGGGGCCCACGUCACUGAUAUCCAGCCCUGAGCACCACAUCCGGAGGAGGGAGGUGUACAGAGAUCUUCUGUCUGAACAAGGAAACCUGACGUGCUCUACAGUGGAGUGCUGGCAGCUGCAGUGUGAUGUCGGACUGCUGGAGAGAGGUGCCAGCGUUAUCCUGAUGUUACGCUCCAGACUGUGGGCUGAAACCUUCAUCGAGAGGGUCUAUAAGCAGUAUGUUCUGGAGUGCUCUGUUCAGUACAAGGUGGACAAGAUGCCUUAUUCUAUUCCUCCCAAAUUCAAGCCAUUAGGAUCCAAAAAGGUGGUGAUAGCUGUGAUGUGGAACAAGCCGGAAACCCCUUUCCCUGUUCCAGUCUGGAUCAUCAUCCUGGCUAUUCUAGCUGGAUUGCUAUUACUCUCCCUGCUCAUAUAUCUACUAUACAAGAUGGGCUUCUUUAAAAGGUCAGAUCCGUACGGUACGACCAUGGAGAAGGCCCAGCUCAAACCCCAGGCGUCCUCUGAAGCUUAGAUCCAAGAAGGAGCCUCCCCUGCAGCUGUUCCACAGAACUGGAAUCACCGUCACGUGCCCAAACAAAUAUGGAAACUUGCUAAUGAUGAGCAGGAAACCCAUUUAUGAAGGGACAGUUAUGGCUGCUGUAUCACUGGACCUGCACUAAAAUGCCAAAAGCAGGAAAGACUACAAGGGUCAUGCAGUUGAAUAAUGCACUGCUGUUUUGGACGUGCAUUUGUACAAUCAGGGCACGGUUUAUGAAGCUUCUUCAGAAAGAGCAGCAAUAAGAGUUUGCUCUUCAGAAGGUAAUCCCUGCGGGAAAAACCUUCGUUGGAAAAUACACCUCGCACUCAAUGUGUUGACCAGGAAAAGAUUAGAACUUCACAGCCCAUAUCAGUACAGGACAAAAAUGCACCUCCUACAAAAGGCACUAAUGCUACAGUAUUUCUUCAUUCCUAAAAGGUGUGUUUUAAGCCAUGUUUGCAAUCCCUGCCUUUGUAUGAUUUAUACACCACUCUUUAUUUAUGGCACAGUGUUGUUCCUAUUGGUUGUUGAAUGUUGUACUGUACUGUCUGCACGACAAUCCUGAUGAAACUGCAAUUUUUAACUUGAAUUAUCCCUCUCCCAUAUUGGGAGGUAUGUUGUGUAUGUUGUAAUGUAUGUAAUGUAUUCAUUGUGUUAUGACCCAUCGGUGUUGUGGCCCAGAAUAAAGCCUCAUUUUAUAUACCCA